AUGUCAGAAGAUGGUGCUGCCGUUGAUUAUCCACAGCAAUUGCCUGUUGACACACAGUCAAGUACGGCCUCUCUCCCGGGCCCUAAUGCAGAGACUGGUCUACCAGCCUCUGAAACAUCUAGUGCCAACACCGGCUCACUUUCGCCGAGUAGCAUUGAUGUAUUGGGAACGUUGCUCAGUGUCGCGGCAGCGGCAACAGCUGCUUCUCUUCUCACAGGGACUUCCGAGCCCAUUUUUUCGUCUGGACUCGCGCCCUUAUCUCAAUCACCAAAUCAGCCUCCUCAAAGCGCGUCAGAUCGGCCUUUAUCGCCUACACCCACAGGUGACGCUGGGCGAAUGCGUCAUGUCUGGAGCAGCUUACGCGAUCGCCUUGGUCUACGCACACCUGGAAUGGGAGUGCCUGGUGUUGAUGAGGGCACAGGUAGACCCAGUCCCCGCGAUGCACGUGAGCUUCUGCUUACGGAAAUGGCUCGGGCAUUCAAUUUGGGCCUUGGCCUAGGAAGACCGCCUGUUGUCCCUGAUGUCACCAAUGCCAGCGGCCCCGCGGCGCCCGUCGCUGAACCACCCUCCGCCAAUGGAGAUGGGACCAGUGACGUUCCCGUAAUGCCCCCGCCUGGAAGUUUUGAGCGCUUCCUUAUCGAUCUUCAAUCAGAUCUAAGGGUUGCGCUUGCGCAAGACAGUAGUUCUGUUGACGCCGAGGGCAAUGGAGGUGUGGGUGAUGAAGAUAGCCAUGGAGGUGCACGCCAUGAGAACGAAGACGUGCCAGAUGGCACGAGUGACGAGUCUUACGACACUGCUGCAUUCGACAUGGAUGAUAACAUGCCUGAGCUUCAAAGCGUUUCUGAUGAGGCGUCUACUAUCUCGGAUGCCCACACUGCCCGGGAGAGCCCAGGCACGAACAAUGACAGUCUAGGACAUAGUGAUGAUCCAGAUAUGGAAAAUGAUAACGCCCUACACACGCCUAUCAACUGGUGGCGAUUGUACCGUUUCCCUGCUAUCACCGCGCCAGCAAGUCGCGGUACACAGGCGCACACGAUUGUACAGCAAGGAUCUGCCCCACAACCACUACCGCACGCGGAUGGUGAUGGAGUACAAAAUGCAGCUGGUCCACCAGCCGCUCCGCCUUCUCCAUCCUUUACUCCUCCAGGGAUGCCGGAUACUACGCACGCAAUGCCAGACGGCGACCUGACCGAUGGAGUGCAACCGGGUAGUGGUAAUGAACAACGUAAUGUCGUCAUUCCUGUCAUCGUCGUGGGGUUGCAAUCACCACCCGAUUUCGCAGACGAGCGCCCUAUCGAAGGAGAUAUGAUGGAUUUAGAAUUUGGCAGUGAAAAUGGGAUGUCUCCACCAGCCCCAGCCCCUACUGCUCUAUCAGAAUUUCCUCCCGAGAAUACGCGAUCAUCGCGCGGGCGCUCUUGGCAGUCUCGUGCGGCAGAUGCCAUCAGGAAUUUACGUCCUGGUCGCAGGGCUGCUGUGGCAAGACAAACAGCGUCAGAACCCCCGGGGUCUAGAACAUUCCUCAUUUAUGUCAUUGGUGGCUACUACCCCCCCGAUCAUCAAAUCAUUACAGGCGGAAACUUGGAUUCGUUCGAGGCAUUGUGGGAACUAGCCGAGUUACUCGGUCAAGUGAAACCACCCACUGCCUCCAAGGAGGAGAUCGACAAGUCUGGGCUUGAAGUGAUCAGGGCAAAUUCACUUGAGGAGUAUGCAAAGGACGGACGUGUGGCUACUAAUUGCGUCGAUCGGUGUCUCAUAUGUCUCGAUGACUAUGUGCCGGACGAUGACCUACGUGUACUAAGCUGUAAACACGCAUUCCACCAAGGGUGUGUGGAUAAGUGGCUCCAGACAGGGAGGAAUAAUUGUCCUGCCUGCCGUACGAAGGUACGUCAAUUUAACAGCAAACAAUCACUCACUUUUUGA